GCGGCCCCACGGCGCCCGGCACGGCACCGGGGCCCCGCCACUCUCGGCGCCCCGGAGGGCUCCUCCCGCCCCUCCGCGCCCGCUUGAGCUCCGCGGGGGCGCAGCCCGGCAUCUCCCUGGGAGAGGUAACAGCUGCGCGACUCCAGGAGCGCGGAGAGGCUCCGGUCGCGAUGCGCUGGCAUUGCUCCCCCGGAGCGGAGUCUCCUUCCCCUCCAAAGCAGCGCCCGAGCGCUCGAUUCUUUAUCUUUGUUCAGGAGCCUAAGGUUGCUUGCUGAUCACAAGAAGAUGUUUCUGUGGCUCUUUCUGGUUCUGUCAUCUCCAGUUUCUUCUACAACUGCAGAUGCUGAUAUAUCUGUGGAAAUUUGCAAUGUUUGCUCCUGUGUGUCAGUUGAGAAUGUACUCUAUGUCAACUGUGAGAAGGUUGCAGUCUACAGACCAAAUCAGCUUAAACCACCAUGGUCUAAUUUUUACCACCUCAACUUUCAAAACAACCUGCUAAUUAUUCUAUAUCCAAAUUCCUUUCUUAAUUUUACAUACGCAGUGUCCUUGCAACUGGGUAAUAAUAAGUUACAGAACAUUGAGGGAGGGGCCUUUAUGGGUCUUAGUGCAUUAAAACAGUUGCACUUGAACAACAAUGAAUUAAAGAUUCUCCGAGCUGACACUUUCCUUGGCAUAGAGAACUUGGAGUAUCUCCAAGCUGACUACAAUUUAAUCAAGUUUAUUGAACGGGGAGCCUUCAAUAAGCUUCACAAGCUGAAAGUCCUGAUUCUUAAUGACAAUCUGAUUUCAUUCCUUCCUGAUAAUAUUUUUCGAUUUGCUUCUCUAACUCAUCUGGAUAUACGAGGGAAUCGAAUACAGAAGCUUCCAUACAUUGGAGUUUUAGAACACAUUGGCCGAAUUGUUGAAUUGCAGCUGGAGGACAACCCCUGGAAUUGUACUUGUGAUUUGUUGCCUUUGAAAGCGUGGCUGGAGAACAUGCCCUAUAACAUCUACAUUGGAGAAGCUAUCUGUGAAACACCCAGUGACUUGUAUGGAAGGCUGCUGAAAGAAACCAACAAGCAAGAGCUGUGCUCCAUGGGGACAGGGAGUGAUUUUGAUGUGCGCAUUCUGCCUCCCUCGCAGCUGGAGCCCGGUUACAGCACACCUAAUGGCCACACCACUCAAACAUCAGUGCACAGAUUAGUCACAAAGCCGCCAAAGACUACAAAUCCUUCAAAGAUCUCGGGGAUAGUAGCAGGCAAAGCACUGUCUAAUCGCAAUCUCAGUCAAAUUGUAUCUUUCCAGACCAGGGUGCCUCCUUUAACUCCUUGUCCAGUCCCCUGUGUUUGCAAAACACAUCCUUCAGACUUGGGAUUAAGUGUAAAUUGCCAAGAAAGAAAUAUAGAAUCAAUGGCCGAACUCAUUCCAAAACCAUUAAAUGCCAAGAAACUGCAUGUAAAUGGCAAUUAUAUUAAGAAUGUGGACACUGCAGAUUUCAUGGAGUUCGAGGGGCUGGAUUUGCUACAUUUAGGCAGCAAUCGGAUUUCCCUGAUCAAAGGAGAAGUUUUCCGCAACCUCACAAAUUUACGGAGAUUGUAUCUCAAUGGCAAUCAGAUAGAGCGUCUGAGCCCAGACAUGUUCGCUGGCCUCCACAACUUACAGUAUCUGUAUUUGGAAUACAAUGUUAUCAAAGAAAUCCUAGCAGGCACCUUUGACUUAAUGCCAAAUUUGCAGUUGCUCUACUUGAACAACAAUCUUCUACGAAGCUUGCCAGCGUACAUAUUUGCUGGUGCACCCCUUGCUAGACUGAAUCUGAGGAACAAUCAUUUCAUGUAUUUACCUGUAAGUGGCGUUCUUGAUCAGCUGAAAUCCCUUACACAAAUUGAUUUGGAAGGUAAUCCAUGGGACUGCACUUGUGAUUUAGUUGCUUUAAAACUGUGGCUUGAAAAGCUAAAUGAAGGUAUUGUGGUGAAGGAAUUGAAAUGUGAAACACCUGUACAGUUUGCAAACAUUGAACUUAAGUCUCUGAAAAAUGAGAUCCUCUGUCCUAAACUUUUAAACAAGCCAUCUGCUCUGUUCACUAGUCCAAUGCCCGCUGUCACUUUCACAACACUACCAGGACCAGUUCGGAGCUCUCCUGGUGGCCCAGUUCCGUUGUCCAUCCUAAUCUUAAGCAUAUUAGUUGUUCUUAUUUUAACAGUGUUUGUUGCUUUUUGUCUUCUUGUUUUUGUGCUUCGGCGCAACAAAAAACCAACUGUAAAGCAUGAAGGGAUUGGAAAUCAAGAAUGCAGUUCUAUGCAACUGCAGCUAAGAAAGCACGAUCACAAGUCAAACAAAAAGGAUGGACUAGGUGCAGAGGCCUUCAUUCCUCAGACAAUUGAGCAGAUGACCAAAAGUCAUACCUGUGGCUUAAAAGAGUCUGAAACGGGCUUCACGUUUGCUGACCCACCAGGGCAAAAAGUCAUUCUGAGAAAUAUUAAUGACAAGGAGAAAGAUUUGUUGCAUGCGGAUACCAGAAAAAGACUUAGCACAAUCGAUGAACUGGAUGAGUUAUUCCCUGGGAGGGAUUCCAAUGUAUUUAUUCAAAAUUUUCUUGAAAGUAAAAAAGAAUACAACAGCAUAGGGGUCAGUGGCUUUGAAAUACGUUAUCCAGAGAAACUACAAGACAAAAAAAACAAGAAAUCUCUAAUAGGUGGUAAUCAUAGUAAAAUUGUAGUAGAACAAAGAAAAAGUGAAUAUUUUGAACUAAAAGCUAAACUUCAAGGUUCACCCGACUACCUACAAGUCCUUGAAGAGCAAACAGCUUUGAAUAAAAUAUAGGUCAUACAAUCUUAUCACCUACAGAGGACAUUUAUUUAAUGAUGAAAGUGCCUUUUGUUGACUUUUAACUUCCAAAUACUAUAUUAUAUUGAUAGGCAUAGAGGCAGGUGUGUCCAAGGGUGUCUUGAUUAACUGUAGCUGCAUAUGAAUUGUCAAGUAGAGGAGAAUUUCCUAAAUAGAUUUUACUACAUAAAGCUCAUGCCCCAUGGAAUCCUGUGAGGAUACUGCAAACUCUAUUGCCAAAGGGAUGCUUUAUACAUGUUACCCUGAAUUUAACCUCAAGAGGCAUAUAUGUUUUGUACCUUAAAUGCAAAACCAUCGUCUCCUUGUGAUUUGUUAGAACAAACACAAGAAACCUGGUACUGGUGUUUGUACCUCAGCUGGGUCCUUCAUCCUGCACGUGGAUUUAAAUUGGUGGAACUGGAGUAAUCCCUUGAUCUGUGGUGUUGUAAUGGCACUGUUUAAAGAAUAUCUGGAAAGUAACAAGCAUGCAAAGAGAGAACAUUUGAUAGUAUGUGUAAAUUGGAUACAUUUAUGGCCUGCAUUUUGAAACCACUGGAAUUAUAAUGUUAAAUUGUGCAAAUAUUUGUUUUAAAUAUACCAUGCAUUACAUACCUAUGAAAUAAAUUUGACCACUUGAAGCAUACAUGUCUAUACAAAGAAAUUAAAAAGAAAAAAAGAAAGAAAUAGUUCACCCUGACUUCUGCAGUAUUUGUGGCAUCUGAAGAAAAUAUUUGAUGUUUAUGCAGAAUCUGUUAUAAGACUCAUCUCCAAUUAAAACUAGAGUUCCUUCUCAGUUACAUGAAAAACUUGCAACCCCAACAGGUUGUCCACAAUUGUCAAAGUGCUUACUGUGUGAGCGUAGCAGAAAUUAUUUUUAUAAUAUAAUUCAUAUUUAUGAAAUACUUUGUAUACUAAAUAGGAAAAAUAUGUACUCCUUAAUAUGUAUUUAAUAUGCCUGACUUGUUUUCCUGAUCACAGUGCAUUAAUCAUUCAGUAUAAAUAAAACCAGAACAAUAUAAAAAACAGAAACUGGAGAUGUAUAGAAUUAUCCAGAAUUAAGUGAUCAGAUAUAAUAAUAAUAAAAUUGUUCUGUACUAUUCUUGUGAAAUUAGCAUAUUAUCUUAUUUCAGAUUUGUUACCAAUGGUGCAUUUUAAAAUAGAGUCAUUAGUUUUUUAGUAUUGUGUCUCAGGCAGUUAUUUGCCAUCACUUGUCUUGCUUUUCAGGGUUCUACAGCUUAAUCUAAGUAGUUUUCGCUACAAGUAUUAUCAGGAAUUCAUGGUAAGGGUAAUAUUUUAAUCGUAUAUGCAUAAGUUUUAUGUUCUUACCUGUCUGGCUGCUGUCUGUCAGGAAAAAAAUAACUGAUCAGACAGUGAACAAUAUGGCAAACCAUGUCUAUUUAAAACCACAGUGUAAAGUGAAUAUAGUGGUCUCAGUUCAGAGUAUUAUGUAGCUCGUAUCUAGAGAGUGAAAACUUGCCCUUGUGAAAGCUGAAUCUGAAUAGCCAGGGAUAAACAGCAGUCAGGACAAUGGAAAAUCUCCACUGUAUCUCACUGAUAGAUGGCACCUGGAGAUGAGAAUGAAGGUCUAUUGGUAAAGCAUCAUACAGCAAAUCUAUACUAUGAGAUUAACAAAAGUUUUUUGACUUGAAAAGGAUUUUUUUUUUUCAUUUAUUUCAAUGAGGUUUGGAUAAGUACCUCUAUCUCCUUUGCUUCCAGACCUUCUCCCCUGCCCCUUUUCAAAUCAAUACAUAAAUCAGUUAAUAUUAGUAGGAUACAAAUACGAAUGCUUUUCAUUAAUUUGGAGCUAACAAAUAUUACAGCAAGACCUGAUAACGAUAUUGGGGAGAAGGCUGUGUCAGCUAUUUCUAUUAUAAACCUCUAAUUUCAGGGCUUUAUGAUACUGCUGUGAAAUUUUUAUUCUGGAAGGACACUUGGCAAACAGCCUGCAGUGUAUUUUUAGCAAAGUUUACAAAAAAGAAAAAAAAAACAAAACCCAAAGCACUGCUUCUUUAUUUAAGAAAAAGCAAAACAAAACAUCAGUUUUCUAUUUUCAGACAUUUGUUUAUGCUCUUGUAACUUAGAGGGGUUUAUUAUUUUUCUCCAUGCUACAAUGGAGUAUGUACAAUGUCAUACUACGUACAUGACUUCAAAUAAUAAAAUUAUAACAGAUAAAUUAAUGACUGAGUUUCUUUCAAGAAGCUGCUGCUAUCAAUGUGCAAUAAGUGACUUCAGGAUGUCAUAGAGAUUUUCAGGACAUGGACACUAUGUACAUAUGCUUUUCUAGCAUAAGAAGUUCUUGGUUGACCAAUGAUGCAAUACAUAUCCAAGGCUUGAAUAACUACAUUUGAGUUUACUGUGUUAAGAGUUUGUGAAUUAAGAAGUGUUACAGAUGCACUGACAUGAUAGACUACAAUGGCACCACCAGUAGGUUAAGAAUAAUGGGUCACUGUGCCUACUCUGCCGGGUGCUGCUUGGCUUUAAGUAUGUAUCCAGGUUCACUGGGAUUUGCCUUGCAUAAGGCUUCCGACACACUUCAGUGCAUUGUCAGUCUGUCAUGUCCCAUACCCUUCUCUGCAGAGCCAUGUGUUAAAAAUAUUAGAAAUAGCAAAUAAGGUAAUACUUUUAAGUGAUGUUGAAACUGAUGUGCUUAUGACUUGUGUUGCCCUGAGCUAAAAGAUCAAUGAUAAAUGAUCAUACCUUCCUCAGCUAAAAA